CCGAACGACUUGCAUUCGUCCGACGUCGCGCGCCCCGUCCGGUUGUCGUUACUCGUGUGCAGUCUCCGUCCGUCCGCACGACCGUCGACCACCGAUAUUUCAAUGUUUCAUUUUUCGUCGUACGCCUUUUUAACAACAUAGAGUUCGCGUGUGCGUUUUUAUUCAUUUGUUUAACGAUACAUACUCGUACGACGACAUCGCAGUGCGUGCGUGUCCCCGUCACACGACCCACGAUUUUAAUUAAUCACCGUCUGGUGAAAAAUAUUCGAUUAUCAUCCGUCGAGCGCGUGGUGUUUUUUAUUUCUCGACGUGUCAGACAAAAUCGUCCCGUCGCGUAAACCAAAAAAUCGACAACACCCGACUGCAAUCGCAACCGCGCCGGUGACUAGCACGGUAUUUCGUCGUCAUCCGUCUGUCCGCAGUCAUGGACGGAGCUCCACACAUGGGUAAUUUCGAUUUCAUAAUGGAUCACCAUCAUCACCAUCACCACGGUCGCGCGCUCGAAUCGUCCGUGUCGCCGCCGACCGCCGUGGUCAUGCAACAGCAACAACAAUCGCUUCAGCAACAACAGCAACAGCAGCAGCAACAGCAACAGCAACAACAACAGCAACAGCAGCAGCUCCCGGGUAAGGCCGAUCACAUCAAGCGGCCGAUGAACGCGUUCAUGGUGUGGGCGAAAAUCCAGCGACGGCUCAUCGCCCACGACAACCCGAAGAUGCACAAUUCGGAGAUCAGCAAGCGGCUGGGCGCCGAGUGGAAAUUGCUGAACGAGACCGAGAAGCGGCCGUACAUCGACGAGGCCAAGCGGCUGCGGGCCCUGCACAUGAAGGAGCACCCGGACUACAAGUAUCGGCCCCGGCGCAAGCCCAAGAUCCAAUUGCACAACAAUAACAACAACAACAACAACAUCAGCGGCGCUCACAUCAACAACGGCGGCAUGCUGCACGGAUCCGCAGGGAACAACAACCUGCACCAUCACCACGGCGCGCACCACAAGCAGACCAAUUUUCACGCGUUUCCGGUGGUGACCGCGAGCGGCGGGCCCGGCGGCGCGGCCAACUUCAACUUCCCGAUGCCGUACUUCACGGCCAGCCACCACCCGGCCCUGCACUCGUUCGACGGCUACUCGUCGGCCGGACUCGUCAGCCCGUACCUGAGCACCGCCAUGCCGUCGUUCGACCCAAUUCACCUGUCCAAGCUCGUGGCCCAGCAGCAGGCCGUCGUGGCCCAGUCUGGCGGUGGCGGCGGAAAUUCCCCGUCGCCGUCCUCGCAGAUGGCCGGUUCGCCGCCGCCCGCGAUCGACAUCAACGCGGUGAACGGACUGCAACAGCCGCUGCAACCGCACCUGCACCAGCAGCAGCAGCAACAGCAUCACUUGCAGUCGCCGCACGCCAAGAACGGCGGCGCGGCCGUGGUGAGUUCGUUUUACAAUCAGUUCUAUCCGCCGGCCGCCGGUUCGGGCAAGGCGGGACCGUAUCCGCACCAUCCGAUGAGCAUUUUCCCGUCGCCGUUCUCGUUCUACAACAACGGCGGCGGCGCGGGCGCCGGUACGGUCGAAGACCAUCACGGACAGCAGCAUCAUCACAGCCAUCAGUCCGCAGCCGCGGCCGCUUUCGCCGUCCAACAGCACCACCACCAACAGUUGCAGUUGCAACAGUUGCAGCAGCAACACCAACAGCAUUUGCAACAACAACAGCAGCAGCAGCAACAACAACAACAACAGCAGCAGCAGCAGCAGCAACAACAGGAGAGACCCGGUUCCACGUCGUCCGACAUGGAAAACGAUCCGACCAGACAAGUUCCUAACGCGUCCAACUCCAACAUUCAUUAAAACGAUUUUGAGAUUCGCACCGCCUACCGUACCCCGCACUACCUACCUUGACCGUUUUUUGAUUUUUAUUAUGUUUUUUUUUUUU